UAUUAGAAGGGAGAUAAUGCUUAAUUCUGGAAACGAAGAAAUAUGUCCGCCAUUCGCCAAGCUCAGCGUUUAAUUUCUUUUUCUUUUAGCCCCAGAUCAUCGGGCAUUCGAAUUUAUCAGUGUCUUAGUAAGCGCAACUUCCACAGAAUCAAUUCAGUUACUUGUUCAGAAAAUGUCACCUCAAAAUUUGACGAUAGACCGGAGUUUCCAGGGUCAAAAUCAGAGUUUGUCAGUAAAUUAGAAUUUAUCGAACCAGACAACAUAAAGGGCAUUCCUGUAUACAGAGCUCUGGGACGAAAUGGUAAUAUAAUAGAGGACAGUGAAGAUCCCAAAUUAGACAGUUCAACGGUCCUCAAGAUGUACAAAGAUAUGACACUGUUGAAUACCAUGGAUAGAAUAUUGUAUGAAUCUCAACGACAGGGACGAAUUUCAUUUUAUAUGACAAAUUAUGGAGAGGAGGGCACACACAUUGGCUCAGCUGCAGCUCUGGAUCCCAGAGAUUUGGUAUUUGGGCAGUACAGAGAAGCCGGAGUUCUGAUGUGGAGAGGGUUUACACUUGAUCAAUUCAUGGAUCAGUGCUAUGGCAAUGUUAAUGACAUUGGUAAAGGAAGACAAAUGCCUGUUCAUUAUGGAACAAAGAAGUUGAACUUUGUAACAAUAUCUUCACCCUUAGCUACACAGAUGCCACAAGCAGCUGGUGCAGCUUAUGCUUUAAAGAGAGCUAAGAAUGGACUGUGUGUGAUCUGCUAUUUUGGAGAAGGUGCAGCAUCCGAAGGUGAUGCCCAUGCAGCUUUUAAUUUUGCUGCAGUAUUAGACUGUCCAGUUAUAUUCUUUUGUAGGAACAAUGGUUAUGCUAUAUCUACACCUGUUAAAGAUCAGUAUAGAGGGGAUGGUAUUGCAUCUCGUGGUGUAGGCUAUGGUAUGAUGACAGUUCGAGUAGAUGGAAAUGAUGUAUUUGCUGUGUACAAUGCUGUCAAAUCUGCUCGUGAAAUAGCAGUAGCACAAAAUCGACCUGUACUCAUUGAAGCUAUGACAUACAGAAUUGGUCACCAUAGUACCUCGGAUGACAGUUCAGCCUAUAGAUCGGUGGAUGAAGUCAGCUAUUGGGAUAAACAAGAUAAUCCCAUAUCACGUUUGCGAAAUUACAUGAUAAAUAAUGGUUUCUGGGAUGAAAAAAUGGAAAAGGAAUGGAAAUUAGAAUCUCGUAAAAUGGUCAUGAGAUCUUUUGCUGAUGCUGAAACGAGGAAACGACCUAGUCCUGAUGAAAUGUUUGAAGAUGUUUACGAUGUUUUACCGAAACAUUUAGAGAAUCAACUACAGGAGAUGAAAAACCAUGUUAAACAGUAUAAAGAAAAUUAUCCACUUGAACACCACGAGAAAUUAACAUAGUUUAUUAAUUCAAGCUUUUCUUGGUUUUGUUAGAGCAUAUAUUGAAAAUAUUUAUCGACUGUUGUUUUUUUAAAGGAUAUAAAAAAAUAUGUUUAUGUUCAAUAGAUCAAUAGAAAAUGCACUUACAAUUGAUAUUUAUUUCAAUGAUUGUUAAUAAUUAAUGUGACAUUAAAGUACUGAACUGUUUACAGAUUGAGAUUGUUUCUGAACCUUGUUAAGACAAUACUUAUGCUUCUCUUUUAAUUCAAAUGUAUGGGUGCCAUUUACCUAUGAUCGGUUAUAUUUUCAAUUAUCUUGGUUUGAUUGAUGUGAACAAUUUGAUCCAUGUGAUAUAUAAAUAAUGAUUUAAAUGAGCUUAUUUAUGCCACUGAUCAUAAUAAAUAUUAUGUGUGUGUGAUAUACAUGUAAUCAAGCAAUGGGGCUGUGGUCGAGGCUCGAAACAAGGUAACUGUUGCAGACUCUGAUACCAGGAUAGAUUUGUCUUCUUUCUGUGGUUUAUUGAUAUUAUUAAUACAUGUAAGGCACAGCCAAAAAUUUAGAGGCACUAGUUCAUUAGCAACUGACUAUGUGUCAGGACUGAGGUACAAAUAAAAUUAUCAUUCUAGGCCUGAGUGUGGUGUUUCUUAUAGAAGUAUUGUCAUUUGUGGAAUAUUGUUAUUCUGUGAGUAUUUAAUGUUAAUUACAAACAGAAAAAAUAUCUACUAUUUAUACAGGGAUAAACUGUAGCAAUCACAUAGAUAUUUUAUUCAUAUCCAAAAAGGAUGUAGAGAAUAAAGAUUGAGUGUAGAAUUGCAAAUAAAAUAUAUUUUAUGGAAUUUGAAAUACUGGCACUGAACUUUAUAUGUAUAUAAAUGGAUCUUUAAAUAGA